AUUCGGGAUUUGGGAUGCGGGGGGGGGGAUCGGGCUGCGGAUCCCGCCCUCCGCAGCGCCGGGAAGGAGCCGCUGGAGCGGGAAUGCUCCGGUCGGGAGCCGCAGGACAGCGCAGCCCGGCGGGAGAAGGGCGGAGGGCGCUGCGCUGUUUUCCAGAGGAAAUCCUGGAGCAGAAAGUUGCGCCGCGUUUAUUUUUUCACGGAAAGCUGAUGCCUGCGGCAUAGGGAUGCGGGAGAGGGGGAAGAUCCUGCGGGUCCAUCCCUGCUUUGUCUUUCGCUUUAAAAGGUCCGGAUCUUCCCGGUCAUCUGAUCCAGGUCAAGUAGGACUUUCCGUUGGCGACGGAUCCCAUCGGAGCAUCUUCCCACAGCGGCUUCUUCCCCACGGCAGGAAGUAGCGAGGCUCCUUCAAUCCCUGGAAUACUGAAAGCCCUCACCCCUGUGCCCUGCCCGCAGGCUGACCCCAUCACUGCUCUCCUGUCCAUGGAUCACCUCCCGCCAUGAGCACGGACGGCGAGCAGCUCCUGGCAGCCGGGAUCCCCCUCUGGAGCAUCUCCAGCUGGGCCGGCUCUGAGCCGCCCCCCAACAGCAGCACGGCCGUGGCGGCGGUGGGAGAUGCCAGGGGGCCCCCGGAGCGCGGCGGGAGCGCGGCGGAGAUCGCGGGCAUGGUGGUGCUGCAGUGCAUCUACGGCCUGGUGUGCCUGCUGGGGCUGCUGGGCAACGCGCUCGUCAUCUUCGUCAUCCUGCGCUACGCCAAGAUGAAGACGGCCACCAACAUCUACCUGCUCAACCUGGCCAUCGCCGACGAGCUCUUCAUGCUCAGCGUGCCCUUCGUGGCCACGGCGGCGGCGCUGCGGCGCUGGCCCUUCGGCCGGGCGCUCUGCCGGACCGUGCUGGGCGUGGACGGCCUCAACAUGUUCAGCAGCGUCUUCUGCCUCACCGUGCUCAGCCUGGACCGCUACAUCGCCGUGGUGCACCCGCUGCGCGCCGCCUCCUACCGCCGCCCGCGCGUCGCCAAGCUGGUCAACGGCGGCGUGUGGCUGCUGGCGCUGCUGGUGGCCUCGCCCAUCCCGGUGUUCGCCGGCACGGCCGUCACCCGCGACGGCCGCGCCGUGGCCUGCGACCUGCUGUGGCCCAGCCCGGCGUGGGCGGCCGCCUUCGUGGUGUACAGCAGCGCGCUGGGCUUCGUGCUGCCCGUGGUGGCCAUGGCGCUGUGCUACCUGCUGCUGGCCGGCAAGAUGCGCGUGGUGGCGCAGGGCGUGGGCUGGCAGCAGCGGCGGCGCUCCGAGGGCAAGCUGACGCGCCUGGUGGUCACCGUGGUGGCCAUGUUCGUGGUGUGCUGGCUGCCCUUCUACGUGGUGCAGCUGCUGGAGCUGCUGCUGCCCGGCCGCCUGGACGCCAGCGCGCACAACGCCUCGCUGCUGCUCAGCUACUCCAACAGCUGCGCCAACCCCAUCCUCUAUGGAUUGCUCUCCGAGAAUUUCCGCAACUCCUUCCACGGCGUGCUGCGCCGCUGCCGCGACGCCGGCCUGUGCUGCUGCCGCGCCGCCGACGCGGACGGCGGGGACAGCGAGGACGAGGAGGAGCCGCUGGAUUACUGCGCCGCGCCCCGCGGGGACGCCAAGGGCUGCGUGUGCCCCCCGCUGCCCUGCCAGCAGGACCCCCUGCGCCCCCAGCCCUGCUGCGCGCCCGGGGCCCUGCUCCCCAAAACCACCCCCUUCUAGGGGACCCCAAAAUCCGGGGUGAAAGGGGAUGCCGGAUGGAGAGGGCCCGCGAUGCCGGGUCCGACUGGCGGGUGCGCCGCUCUCCAAAAUAAAAAGCCAUAAGACUGGCCUGGGAUGGAGCAAAUUCCAUGGAUUGAGUGGUUAUUGCCGUUGACUGAGUGGUUAUUGCCGUUAUUCUGGCAUCCAGGACCCUUCACCAGGGAUGGGGAGGAUCCCAAAAUGUUAAUCGGGAGCACAUGGCCCUCCUGAUUGAUAAAUGAUAAAUUCCCAUUUCUUCCCAAGAGACAGGGAGACACCGGGGAAAAUCCCGAAGCCCGUCAGCUCUGCUGCAUCUGCAGCAGAAUGAGAUCCCAUCAUACACACCUCCCUACCCAAAAUUCCCAGGAUUUUAGCACACCCAGGACCAAAUUUCCACCAAAAAACCAGGAGAACCAGAUUUUGGUGAGCUUGGAACCCCAGGGUGAGGAGCAGCACAUGGAGGCCCCAUGGAGCGAGCCACUUCCAGCUUCUUUGGGGUUUAACUUUGUCCUUGGAAUGGGAUCGGUGUUGUCCAUUAUUCAUGGCUCAUUCUUUCCAUUUUAAUCCCACUGGGGAAGUAACCAGCAGGGAACAUUUUCAUCCCUGAAUGCUCCAGGGUUUUCCUGGAUUUCUGGGGGAAUUUUAGGGAAGGGGAGAAAGAACAGGCCCUGAGCAGUUCCUCUCAACCAGACUGGCAAAACUUUAUUGGUGUCCACACAGGAUCUCCAUGAGACAAUUCCAUCAGACAGGGUAAAAUUCCAAUAAAUAAAUAAGGAUUUACAAAUGGGCCCGGGGGGAGCAGGCCGGGGUGGGGGAGAGGAUAAAACAGGGAGUGCUGGGAAUUCAGGACUCCGAUGCAUCACGGUAAGGAAGGAAUUUGUGAUAAGAUAAAACUCCGAAGUGGGAAUUGGAGAUUGGAGGGGAGGAGGAGAUUUUGAGGGUGUGGUGGCAAAACCUGGGAUCCACCCAGGAAUGAGCAGGGGUUUGAGCUGGACAACAAGGAAAGAUCCAUGGGAAGCAGAUCCUGCAUAUGAGAUGAUGCCUCAGCAAAGUCUUUCCACUCUCAAACCUUAUCCUUUCUUUCCCUUCCUCUUCCUUGGAUAUUUUCCCAAGUGACACCUCUAUAUUUUGAUAUCUCUUUCUGGAUAAUUAUGGAUAAUCACAACAGCUCCCUCCCUCCCACUGCAGCCAAACUGUCCUAAAAUAAACCUGGCACAUCCACAGGCUUACA